AUGGCAUUGCAGGCUACAACUCUUGGAAGCUAUAACAUUAGAAAACGAGAUAAUGUAUUCGAGUCCAAUUCGAGUGAAGAUGCUAGCAAUUUGAAUCAAAGCGAAGAAGAAGAGCAUAUCGGAAAAUGGCCACCUUUAGGUUAUGAAGUUGUUUCCAGCGAGCAUAAAUCGCCAAUUAAAUUAGGUGAACCGCAGGCAAGCAUAUCAAUAAGCAAUAAUAUGAAUUUUAAGGCUGAUGAUAGGCCAUUUUCCGCUUCUAGUGCUGGAAACUCAAGCCCAGAGAUGAGCACAAUGCAUCAUAUUUUAUCCAGAAACCAAGUUAGGAAUAAUGGACAAAUAACAGUUACCAGCGGCAACAGUAAUAUUUCGAAUGACGUCAAUGUCCCAGUUUGUAGGAACUGUUCAACUUCUACAACACCUUUAUGGAGAAGAGAUGAACAUGGCGCUGUUCUUUGUAAUGCAUGCGGUCUGUUUCUGAAGCUUCAUGGGAAACCCAGACCAAUUAGUUUGAAAACUGAUGUAAUAAAAUCUCGAAACAGGAAAAGCAAUACAAAUUAUGCGCACGGUCUGGAUAACUUUCGGAAUCAAACAUUGCUUGCAGAACUGAAAGGUGAAAAUAAUUUAGAGUCAAUUAAUCGCAAAGCUGGAAAGUCGGCACAUGACGAUAAAAAGAAAAAGAACUCACAGCCCUCCCUUAGAACAUCAUCUGCAGUAAAGGUAACCAAAAAAUCAAAAACGGAUUCAAAAGAAAAGACUGGUUCUCAUUUGUCAACAACAAGAUUGGAAGUGCUGAUGUCGGGUGAUUCUUCAAGACCGAGACUGAAACCAAAACUACCAAAACAAGAUGGUGCUAUGCACCAGGAGAAAUUACUCACCUUUCCAAGCUUUACAGACAUUAAGGAUUAUUCAAAUUCUGUUCAUCAGUCUGCUUUGAUCAAAGAAUGGCCACAUUUUAGUGCAUCCUCUUUUCCACCCAAUGCUCCACAUUCAGUAACCUCAAAAGUAGGUACGGACUCUCCCCAAUUACCUCACUUAUCAAUGCUCCUUAACAGUUUAAGCAGUAGCUCGAUAUCAAAUAACGCCUGUGAAACAAUAUCUAAUUGCAACAAUGGCAUUACCUCGACAGCUGCAACUCUCGCACCAACUUCAUCGCGGACGACAGACUCUAACCCAUCUGAGAUACCGAAUCGAAUCAGAUCCACAAUAUCUUCUCCAGAUUUACUAUCUGCCAAACGUAUCGACCCAACCCCUUUAUCCUUCCAUAUGGCCUCUAUUAACGACAUGUUAGAGUCAAAGGAUCGUGUAGAGAAUAAUGUGAAAAAUGAAGGCACACCAUCCCAUUUCAUACCGUUGAUACAAUCCUCUAAGCAUCAUUAUUUGUCGGCAGCAAAUCCAGAUGCGAUCUCAAACGGUAUUUCCAGCUCUGAUGUCAUCUCCGAACGAAAGGUAAAAGGCCAUUCAGUUAAAACCUUAGACGAACCUUUGUCCGCUAAGCUACCCAAAGAGGAAGAAAUAAUAAAGCUAAAGACCAGAAUAAAUGAGUUAGAACUUGUCACAGAUUUAUAUAGGAGGCAUAUUACCGAGUUGGAUGAAAAAUGCCGUGCCCUCGAAGAGCGUUUAGAAAGGGCAGAAAUACAGGAAAGGAAUAGAGGCGGGUAG